GUUAGCUCUUCUUGAGAGCUACGACGCACAGCCGCCGCGAGUUUCGAGGUGCUUGGAUUAAACCCAUUCAUGUGUCCCAGUUAACUUCAUCCUUUGUAUUUAUGUGAUAUUAAGGCAGCAGAAUAACGUAUGAGAUGAUUUCUUUGAAGCGCGAGAGAGAUAAUGAGGAGGAUGACGAUGAUCACGAAGACGGGGUUGCUGCCAAAAGAGGCCGAGGACGUGCAGGAGAAGACCGUAGAAGCCGCCAUUGUCCUUAUCUUGACACUAUAAACAGGAGUGUGCUGGAUUUUGACUUCGAGAAGCUCUGCUCUAUCUCCCUUUCGCACAUCAACGUGUAUGCUUGCCUCGUAUGUGGGAAGUACUUUCAAGGCAGAGGUCAGAAGUCUCAUGCAUAUACCCACAGUGUACAGUUUAGCCACCACGUGUUCCUCAACCUGCAUACCCUCAAGUUCUACUGUCUGCCAGAUAACUAUGAGAUCAUUGACUCUUCCCUAGAGGACAUUACAUAUGUACUGAAGCCAACUUUCACCAAGAAGCACAUUGCGGCAUUGGACAAGCAUGGUAAGCUGUACAGAGCCUAUGAUGGAACGACUUACCUGCCAGGCAUCGUGGGGCUCAACAACAUCAAAGCCAACGACUACGCCAACGCGGUGCUACAGGCUUUUUCAAAUGUUCCACCUUUGCGAAACUACUUCCUGGAAGAGGAAAACUACAAGGGAAUCCGCAGGCCACCAGGGGACAUCAUGUUUCUCCUGGUCCAGAGGUUUGGGGAGUUGAUGCGCAAACUUUGGAAUCCAAGAAACUUUAAGGCGCACGUGUCCCCACAUGAGAUGCUGCAGGCCGUCGUGCUGUGCAGCAAGAAAACAUUUCAAAUUACUAAGCAGGGUGAUGCUGUAGACUUCAUGACGUGGUUCUUGAAUGCCCUGCAUGGAGCUCUUGGAGGCACAAAGAAGAAGUCAUCGAUCAUCACAAAAGUUUUUCAAGGCUCCAUGCGAAUCUUCUCUAAGAAACUUCCACACCCAGAUUUGCCACCUGAAGAAAAAGAGGCGCUGCUUCUCACAGAGGAGUACCAGGAGCAGAUGUCAGAGUCCACCUUCCUGUUCCUGACCCUUGACCUCCCAACAGCUCCUCUCUACAAAGACGAAAAGGAGCAGCUGAUUAUUCCUCAGGUUCCUCUCUUCAACAUCCUUGGCAAAUUCAAUGGCAAUACUGAAAAGGAAUACAAAACCUACAAAGAGAAUUUCCUCAAACGGUUCCAGCUGACCAAGUUGCCACCUUACCUCAUCUUUUGCAUCAAAAGAUUCACCAAGAACAACUUCUUUGUGGAGAAAAACCCAACAAUUGUCAACUUCCCAAUCACCAACGUAGACCUUUCUGAGUACCUCACAGAGGAAGCUCAAGCUACAGAGAAGAAUACUUCCUAUGACCUUGUUGCAAACAUUGUGCAUGAUGGAAAACCAACUGAAGGGUCCUACAGAAUACAUGUCCUGCAUCAUGGGACGGGAAAGUGGUACGAGAUGCAAGACCUGCAAGUGAUCGACAUUCUCCCCCAGAUGAUCACAUUGUCAGAGGCCUACAUCCAGAUUUGGAAAAGACAAGAGAGCAGUGACACAAACAACCACAGAGGGGUGUAAGUGAGGCCCUCACAGCUGUUAGUUUUGUAAUCAUUUUGGGAAUCAGCUAAAUAUUUAAGCGACUGGAAGAGAAAAAAAAUGAAUAAAGUGGCAGAAGAACACGAGGACAUUCUCUGAAGACAUGACGCAAAGAAAUGUUAAAACCUCCAUGUUCUUUUGUACUGUUUUAUGUUUUUACUAUGUGGAUGUUUCUUAAUAAACCAGCACCGGGAUGUG